AUAAAAGCAAUUAAAUUCUGAUAUUUACAAAACUAGUAACAGUAUUUGAUUUUCAAAAUCCGUUGCAGAAAGAAAGGGCGUGUCUGUUCAAAUUCUGAAGUAGUUAGAACAUUGUAAAUUUGAAAUUGAGGGAGAAAAGAAAAAUAUGAAGGGAGUGCUGCCGAAGAGAAUAAUUCUGAUGAGGCAUGGGGAGUCGCAGGGGAACCGAGACAUGGCGGCGUACACCACAACUCCCGACCACAGCAUUCAUUUAACCGCGCAGGGUGUCGGACAGGCGCGUCAAGCUGGCGUCCGCCUCCGCCGAGUGAUUGGCGGGGACGGCUGCUCAUCGGACUGGCGAGUGCAGUUCUACGUGUCGCCGUACGCACGCACGCGAUCGACGCUGCGCGAGGUAGGUCGGUGUUUCUCGAAGAAGAGGAUAAUUGGCGUGAGGGAAGAGUCGCGGAUUCGGGAGCAGGACUUCGGGAACUUUCAGGAGGAAGAGAGGAUGAAGGUGAUAAAAGAAGCCCGCGAACGGUUCGGGAGGUUCUUCUAUCGCUUCCCCGAGGGAGAGUCCGCCGCCGACGUUUUCGAUCGCGUUUCAAGUUUCUUUGAAUCUCUGUGGAGGGACAUAGACAUGAACAGGCUUCGUCACGAUCCUUCCAAUGAUUUGAAUUUCGUAAUUGUUUCUCACGGGCUGACAUCGCGUAUUUUCCUUAUGAAGUGGUUCAAGUGGACGGUUGAGCAGUUUGAGGUCCUAAACAAUUUCGGGAACUGCGAGUUCCGUGUUAUGGAGCUAGGAAAUGGUGGUGAAUACAGCUUAGCUGUUCAUCAUACAGAAGAAGAAAUGCUGGAAUGGGGACUCUCUCCUGAGAUGAUAGCUGACCAAAAAUGGCGCGCCACGGCGUCCAGGGGUGACUGGAAUGAUCAGUGUCCCUGGUACCUUGGGGAGUUUUUUGAUCAUCUUACUGACUCUGAUGAUGAUGAUGAUGCUCCUGUGGAAAAUGAAGAUCAGGAAGCGCCUAAGUGAUCAUUGAGGUUAGAUAUUCAAAUCUAUCCAAUCAGUUUUUGUAAGAGAGUAAAUUAGUUUAUGCUCUUUUCUCUAGUUUCAUGUUUUCUAAUGCAUGUGAUGUUGGCUCUAUCGCAUGUGUCGUUUGAGUCUUCUAUUAGUUUCUUUGUUGAUUAGUGGUUCUAACGACAUAUCCUGGUGUUUUGUGGAGAAGAUAGAGUUCCUUGAGCUGAAGGAGUUGUUUUAGGUUACAUAGAGUCGUUUGAGCUUCUAACAGGUAAGGGAAGUUAAAUAUCUCGUUUCUAAAGUUUUAGUAACUUGAUAAUCUGAUUUGGUGUGUUGGAAUUGUAUGGAACCAUUGUUGAAAUCUGUUUUGAGUUCUAUGAUAUUGUGUGACAUGUUGAAUUGAUAGUUUGAUAUGGUGAAUUCUUGUUAUAGAUAGCUUGCUAAUUGUAACUAGUUUUUUAUAAGCUGAGAAUGAUAGAAAUUUGUGUUUGAUUGGUCAUUUUGCUGCUGAACUUUGGUUUAGUAAUAGGUUGAGUGCUGGUUGGAAAUUGGUCUAGAAUUGGCAGUUUGACAGGUGAAAUUCUGAGAAUCGUUUAUUGAAUGAGCUUGAUGUUAAAAGUCUAAGUUUGUGCCAUUUAGGACUUGGUUAGCUUUGCAUAUUGCUGGAAAUUGGUCAUUUGGUAUGUUGUUUGGGUUUUUGGUUGUUAUUGGUCUGAUAUGAUGGAUUGAGUUGCUGACCAAUUGAGCAAAUUGGUAUUCAAUAUGAUGUUUAAACAUGUUUUUUAAUCAAUCAAGUGUCUACAAUACCAAUUAGGUCAUUUGGAUAGGUCUUGAGUGUAAUCAGAUCAAGAAUCAAAGUUUCUGGUUUCUAGUGUGAUGUUGAGUGGCACCGUGUAGGCUAAGCUCUACAAAGUCAGAGAGUCUCUAAGCUCUAGGGCGUUGAGCGUUGCGAAGUUAGAGGGCUCCUGUGUUAUGUGGCACUGAGCGGUGCUUUUGGAUGUUGGGUGCCACUUUGUCCUUGUAGGUUUGGACUCUUUUUCUCCUUAUGCAAGGCAAGAGGUUGGCUCGCUAGGCAAGAGGUCUUGCUCAUUGGGCACCAGUUCUGGUUUUUUUAUGUUUUUUUCUUAUUCUUGUUUGGUUUGAUCUGGUUUAUAUAGAUUCAAUGUCUAUUGUAUGGAAUUAUGGAUGUUUUGUAGUUUGUAAACAUGGUUAUAUGUAUGGUUAAAGAAUGUUGUGAAAGAAAUUCCAAGGAGGAUGUUCUUGUGGUUGUUUCAGGUAGUGUAUGAAUUGAUGUAGAGAUUUUGUAGGAGGGUUAUCUUGGCAUUCCAAUAACCAUCCAAUCUCAAGUAGAGAAUGGUGGGUUAUGUGGUGAGGGAUAACAAGAGGUCUUAAUCUAUGGUUUUAUUCCUUUGCCAUAAGUAGUUGACAGAUUAACCUUAUGUGAUAGCUUGGGUGCGAAAAUUGUUUCAUCACUACAAGUGCAAAACUCACCAAAGUUCGACAUUAAUAAAUUUAUCUGGAUAGUCAACUCUAGAAUGUAAGCUGAUAUGCUUUCAUUUAUUUGUGUUGAUGUGUUUGGUAUGCAUGUUUCAGUUAUAUGUAUGCUCUUUGGUAAAUUAGUUUACCCUUCUAUUUGUGUCUGUUGGUUUGUUUCUUUUCUCUUUUGCAAUAAUCACUUAAAUGGUGUGAGUAGAGAAUGAUGUUUUUGUUGAGCAGGAGCUGGAGGGUGAUGGGUGAUGGUAUAGAUGUAUAGACAGUAGGAGUGGUUUAUGUGUACAGUUGAUGUUUUGUAAAACUCUAGUUAAGCCUUAAGUUUUUGCAUAGAAACUCUUAGUGUUUAAAUGUCGUUGUAUAUAAAGUUUGUUGUUAUGGUUAUGAGUGGAUAACUAUAAUGAUAUUUUAUAUGUUUUCUAUUAAGUUAACUGUUCUUGCUUAUUAAAUAUGUGAGACUUCCAUAGUAGUGUUAAAACUAUUAAAAAUGGGAUAUUACAAUCACACAAAGCUAUUAUAGAUUAAAUCCAUUUACACUAUCCUUUUAAUUGUACAUAAAUGCACAACUUCAAAUAAGAGGAUAGCCUGAAAUCCAUCUAGCCAUCAACUCUCUAGCUGGCUAUUUUAGAGAACAAGAUCCAAAUGAGGCUCAUGCACUUACAUCUAGCAUAUCCAGGUUUUAAAAUGGAGGCUUCUCGGGUGGUCUGUUAAGUGAAAUGCUAAUAUGCUUUGAAUCUUAUGAAAAUACUCUAAAUUUAUAAACAAUCAAAAUCUUUUUAAUGACUUAGCUUAACUGUAGCCAUAAACUACAUGUCUUAGUUUCCCCACACCAUGUCAUUGAAGAUAGGAAAACCUCGUUUGAAGAACCCAUUUACCUCAAUUGGUAUUUUUUUUUCAUAGAAAGGAAACAUGAUAAUGAAUUCUUAAAAUCAACAGUUCCAUAACUAAAGACUGAAGCCCAAAAGAUAUAGAAAACAUUCAUACAAAAAAGAACACCCCAUAAAUUUUAUCUAUUGUAUAUUUUGGAUAAAACACAUGUAGCAUAUACUAUGUCCCAUGAAGAAUAGCAGAAACACUUGUGCGUCAUAAAAA